AUGUCGCGAGAAGCCACCUCCGUGGAGCGCUGCCCCGAAAAGGGAGCGGACCCCGAGUCCGGCGGCGCCGCGUCUAAGAGCUCCAGGAACAACAGCUACGUCUUAUGUGGUAUGCUCUCCGGUGUUAUCACGAAGACAAUUUGCGCUCCCUUCGACCGCAUUCGUCUGCUGUACCAGGUGCAGCCGAUGUUUGCGCAGGUGAAUGCCACCGGCGAGCAGUAUUCUGGCGCUUUCAAAUACCAAGGCGUGAUACGUACGGCACAGAAGAUCAUUGUGGAGGAAGGCAUAUGCGGCCUAUGGCGCGGCAACAUGAUGAACAUGAUGCGCGGAGGCCUGUGCUACGCAACCAAGUUCGGGAUCAACGACGGCGCCAAGGAGCAGCUGAGGACCUUGGGUGUGCUGCAACGCUGGUUUGACCUGCGUGUGGAGCGGUCGGACAACCCUGUACGCACGAAGGCGCAGAACACGGUCAUGCUAUCGCUACUCUCUGGUGCAUCGGCAGGCAUGCUGCAGAAGUCCUUAUCGUAUCCUCUCGACGUCAUGAGCGUGCGCAUGGCGCUGGGUGUGAACACCAAGGUGCUGAGUACCAAUUGCACGUACAACAGCAUCCCCGACUGCUUCUUUAAGAUUCUACGCUCUGAAGGCAUACGCGGAUUUUUUAAGGGAUUCUUCCCCACGCUGUGCACAGGCGUGCCAUACGUGGCGUUACAGAUGUCAUUUUUCGAUUUUUACAAGAAGAAGCUCACCGCUGCAUGCGGCUUUGAGAAGGAUCAGCUUAACCUGAAACAGGUGGCGUUCAUUUCAUCGGUUGCGGGUUCGGCAGCUGGAUUUUCUGCGUUGUCUAUAGUGUUUCCAGGCGACACCGUGCGCAAGCGCAUGAUGAAUAACGCCAUCUCGGAUGAGAAAAGGCUCUACCUAAACGCACGACAUUGCGUCAAGUACAUCUUCCGCAACGAAGGAAUAAUGGCCUUCUAUUACGGCCUUUUCCCGUCGCUGCUAAAGUCGUUGCCGUCUGGCGCGCUGCAGUUCGUGAUGUACGAAGUUCUCAAGCACUUAAUGAGUAAGCCUUAG